CAGCUCCAAAGCAUCCGGACGACCCCGAGAGCCGGUGCGCACUCGCCAUGUGCGCGGCGGAGGUGGACCGCCACGUAGCUCAGAGAUAUCUGCUCAAGCGGCGGCUCGGAAAGGGGGCCUAUGGCAUUGUGUGGAGGGCAGUGGAUCGAAAGACUGGACAGGUGGUAGCCAUCAAAAAAAUCUUUGAUGCCUUUAGGGACAAGACAGAUGCCCAGAGAACAUUCCGGGAAGUCAUGCUUCUCCAGGAGUUUGGGGACCAUCCCAACAUAAUCCGCCUGCUAGAUGUGAUCCCUGCAGAGAACGACAGGGACAUUUACCUUGUAUUUGAGUCCAUGGACACUGACCUGAAUGCAGUCAUCCAGAAGGGUAGACUGCUGGAGGACAUUCACAAACGCUGCAUCUUUUACCAGCUCUUGCGGGCCACCAAGUUCAUCCAUUCAGGGCGUGUCAUCCACAGGGACCAGAAGCCAUCCAACGUUCUACUGGAUGCUGCCUGCCGGGUGAAGCUCUGUGACUUCGGCCUGGCCCGCUCCCUGAGUGACCUUCCUGAAGGGUCUGAGGGUCAGGCCCUGACAGAGUAUGUGGCCACACGCUGGUACCGAGCUCCAGAGGUGCUGCUAUCCUCUCGAUGGUACACCCCUGGGGUGGACAUGUGGAGCUUGGGGUGCAUUUUGGGGGAGAUGUUGCGAGGACAGCCGCUGUUUCCUGGCACGUCCACUUUUCACCAACUGCAGCUAAUCCUGGAGACCAUCCCAUUGCCCUCCAUGGAGGAGCUCCAGGACCUUGGCUUGGACUACAGUGCUUCGAUUCUGCACAACCUGGGGUCCAGGCCACGGCAGACGCUGGACGCCCUCCUGCCGCCAGACAGCCCCCCAGAAGCCCUGGACCUCCUCCGGCGACUCCUAGUGUUUGCUCCGGACAAGCGGCUUAGCGCGGUGCAGGCGCUGCAGCACCCCUAUGUGCAGAGGUUCCACUGCCCGGACCGUGAGUGGACGCGGGGAUUCGAUGUGCGGCUUCCAGUGCACGAAGGAGAGCAGCUUUCCACACGCGAGUAUCGCUACCUCCUUUACCAGAUGAUCCUGGAGCGGAGGGGGACCAGCCGCAGCCCGUUCGAGGAAGGCCCGGGGGACAUGGCCUCCCCGGCAGAGCCCAGGGCUUCCCCAGGCCGGGUGCACCCGCCCGAGCUCGGAGUCCCCCCCUCGGUCCCCGCCGAGACGCCUGCGCGGAAACGCGGACCCAGGUCUCAGAGUAGCCCUGGUCGGAACCCCGAGCACGUGGAAGUCCCCAGGCAGAGCGCAGCCCCCCUGCUCCAGCUUCGGCCGCCAGGCUGGAGGGAACGGCCCCCAGGGGCCACAGCGGAGCCAGCACCCCAAGGGGUGAAGUCACACGUUAGGGUGGCUGCGCCCUCCCUGACUUCGCAGGCUGCAGCUCAGGUGGCAAAUCAGGCCCUGAUCCGCGGUGACCCGGCCCCGGGCGGUGGGCCGAGGGUGGCCCGCGCGCGAAGGGUCCCUUCCCGCCUGCCCCGGGAGGCCUCAGAGCCCCGACCUGGCCGGAGGAUGUUUGGUGCCGCCGCCUUGCAGGGGGCCCAGGGCGCCGCCAGAGCUGCGCUGGGCGGCUACUCCCAAGCCUACGGGACCGUGUGCCACUCGGCGCUGGGCCGCCUGCCCCUGCUCCCCGGACCGCGUGCGUGAGCCGCCCACCCGCCUCCCCAUUGCAAGCCGGCGCCCUUCCCCAGCCCCCAGCUCAUCUCAGACCUUUGACCCCUCGCCACCCGAGUUCCUGGAGGUUUCUCUGGGCUUCUCUCCCCCAGUGAGGAGUAGUUUUCACUCCAACCCCACCAAUUUCCCCCAAUAAAGUCUUGUUUGU